ACCCUCCCCCCCCCAAACCCCCCUGGCCCUUUUGGUUUUUGCUUUCUUUUUUGCUGCAAGAGGGCGAUCCGGCUUGGUUUCAAAACCUAGGCGGCCUUUUCACCCCCCACUCCCCCCAGCACUUCUAUAUGACUCUCGGUUGAGUGAAGAGAGGCCAUCGAUCAACAUUUAUGCGCUCUUAAGCCUGGAGAACAAAUUUGCCCGGCCGCCAUGGGGAAAUCGAACAGCAAGUUGAAACCUGAAGUUGUAGAAGAGCUUACCAGAAAGACAUACUUCACAGAGAAGGAGGUUCAGCAAUGGUACAAAGGCUUUAUCAAGGACUGUCCCAGUGGGCAGCUGGAUGCAGCUGGAUUCCAAAAGAUCUACAAGCAAUUCUUCCCCUUUGGAGACCCGACCAAGUUUGCAACCUUUGUCUUUAACGUCUUUGACGAAAACAAAGAUGGAAGGAUUGAGUUUUCAGAAUUCAUCCAGGCCCUGUCGGUCACUUCUCGAGGAACGUUAGACGAAAAGCUGCGGUGGGCCUUUAAACUGUACGACUUGGACAACGAUGGGUACAUCACGAGGAACGAGAUGCUGGACAUUGUAGACGCCAUUUACCAGAUGGUGGGCAACACGGUGGAGCUUCCAGAGGAGGAAAACACACCAGAGAAAAGGGUGGACCGGAUUUUUGCCAUGAUGGACAAAAAUGCCGAUGGGAAGCUCACUCUGCAGGAGUUCCAGGAGGGAUCUAAGGCCGACCCCUCGAUUGUACAAGCGCUCUCUCUUUAUGACGGACUUGUAUAGUUCCAUGGCCCUGUGCUUUGACACGCCUGAGGGGACCUCUUCCAGUGCCAUCAGACCACCUCUGAAGCGACGCUCGCCUGACUGUGCCAGCCCUCCUUUGUGUGAAUGCGAACAAGGGAUGCGCUUGAAGCGUGGCGUCAACCCAACCACUUUGCGCUCGAAAUCAACUGUGUCUCCAUUUGCCAAUUUCUGCAUUUAAUUAAAAACGGGGGAGGGGAGGGGGGAGGGAAGAAGAGACGGCAGCACCCUUCCCUCCGGGCCGUGAACGUUGUUGGGUGGAGAACCCUCCCACACGCAGAAUAACUAUGCUUUUGUUUGUUUCUUUUGAAUGAACUAAGAACAAGUGAUAUUUUACAUUUUUUUCACGGGGGGAAGAUGAAGAUUGGAGAUGUAGGUACCGUAAAUACAUCGGUGUUUCCGGCUGCUGCCAGGUUGGAUAGGAACUGGUAGAGAGGUUCAUUUAAUCGGUACUGGCUUUUGCAUUCAAAAAGAGGGUGGAGUAAGGGGUAGGGUAAGGAUAAAAAUCCAUUUGAAAUUGAUGUUACACAUCACUGGGUUUGACGCAAACUGCAUUGCUAGGAAAUAUGUAUACGUAUAAUUGGGGCGGGGGUGUGACACAUUAUUGUACGCUGUCUCUUUUUAAUUUUUUUUUGUGCGUAUAGGAAAAAGAGAGGCGCACUUUUUGGGUUUUUUUAGAAAAGGACAUUACCUCUCAAGUGGUACCUAUUUAUUUGCUGUU